CCCCGGCGAUCGUGCUCCUGGAAUAACAUGGAAGUCUCUGGCAGCAGAUCCUCCAACCCAGUUGGGACUCCUAGGAUAUCCCACCUCUCUGUGGAGCCAACCCUGAGACCAGCAGAACAGGACAGAGCCUCUCACCACCUACUUGCUCUAGGGCUGCCUUCUUUCCUCCUUGGACCCAGGAGUAUCUACUGGUCAUCCAGGGAUUUCCUCUCAGGACUCCGGCGGGCGCCUGAGCGAGCCGGGCAGCGGGCACCCGGACCAUGGCCAGCACCGCCGUGCAGCUGCUGGGCUUCCUGCUCAGCUUCCUGGGCCUGGUGGGCACGCUGAUCACCACCAUCCUGCCGCACUGGCGCCGCACGGCGCACGUGGGCACCAACAUCCUGACGGCCGUGUCCUACCUGAAGGGGCUGUGGAUGGAGUGCGUGUGGCACAGCACAGGCAUCUACCAGUGCCAGAUCUACCGCUCGCUGCUGGCGCUGCCGCGGGACCUGCAGGCAGCCCGUGCGCUCAUGGUCAUCUCGUGCCUGCUGUCGGCCGCCGCCUGCGCCUGUGCCGUCGUGGGCAUGAAGUGCACGCGCUGCGCCAAGGGCACCCCGGCCAAGACCGUGUGCGCCGUGCUGGGCGGCGCGCUCUUCCUCCUGGCCGGCCUGCUGUGCAUGGUGGCCGUCUCCUGGACCACCAACGACGUGGUGCAGAACUUCUACAACCCGCUGCUGCCCAGCGGCAUGAAGUUCGAGCUCGGGCAGGCCCUCUACCUCGGCUUCAUCUCCUCGUCCCUGUCGCUCAUCGGUGGCACGCUGCUUUGCCUGUCCUGCCUGGAUGAGGUGCCCUCCGGGCCCCACCAGGUGCCGCCCAGGGCCACCACGGCCACCACCGCGCCCGCCUACCGGCCCCCCGCCGCCUUCAAGGACAACCGGGCCCCCUCAGCCACCUCGGCCUCGCUCAGCGGGUACAGACUGAACGACUAUGUGUGAGUGCCCAGGGCCUGCCCCUCCCCGAGCCCACGGACCCCGGGGUGGCACCCAUGCACGGUCCCGGCCCAGGGUCGGCUUCUGGGCCACUCUCGUGUCCAGAGGAAUAAUACGAUCGCAAGGGGAGUGGGCUUAGAACACAGGGAAGGAGGGGGGAAUGGGAGGAGAGGAGCUCUAUAUACCAAAGACUUACAACAAUCCUUUCUGGUUUUUUUAUUUAUUAUAUGUAUUUAUGUGGGUGAUUUAAUAACAGCUGAAUGCAAAGCAACUCGGGAGUUUGGUCUGUGGGGUUUGUCUGCGGUAUAGGAAUAAACCUUUUGGAUGUGGUCGUGCACGUAAUAGACA